AUGACGGAUCUACUUCUCCCCGACUCGCUGCCGCGCCCGGCCCGGGCAGGGCCCGAGGCUCGCGAGGAGCCCCUGCAGCUGCCCCGGAGGCCCGGGAAGAGCUCCCAAAGGAGCGGAGGUGAGGUGCAGGAUAAGGGAGGUAUAACCAUCCCAUGGAUUGUUUUUCAAGUGUGCUGCAGCCCUGUUGACUUCACAUUUCUUCAAAACCAGAUUUACUGCACUGGGGACCUCCUGAAGCAGGUCCAGCUGGCCAGGCUCUUCUCUGAUGACAAACACUUUGUUGACAUGCCGUUGCGGGAGUCUCCAGAACUAGUUCUGAAGAAGUUUCAGCAGCUGGUGAAUGUGACUCCAGGGGGGAUAUUGUCCAAAGAGCAGCUGCAACAGUUUGUGAGCUCAUCCUUCAGUGACCCUGGACAGGAGUUUGAGCAAUGGGAACCUCAGGACUGGACGAGCAGCCCCCAGAUUUUAGCCAAGAUUUCUGACCAGAAACUCCAGGCAUGGGCAUCGGAUCUGAAUGCCAAGUGGAAAUCCCUAGGGAGAAAGAUCAAAGAUGAUGUUAGGACUCGCCCGACAUUUUACUCUCAGAUUUAUGUGCCGCACCCUCUGAUGGUGCCCGGUGGCAGGUUCAUUGAAUAUUACUACUGGGAUUCCUACUGGGUGAUCGAAGGGCUGCUCCUCUCUGAAAUGGCAGCCACAGCCAAGGGGAUGAUACAGAACUUCCUGUACCUGGUGGAAAGGUAUGGGCACAUCCCAAAUGGAGGGCGAGUCUAUUACCUGCGCCGGAGCCAGCCACCUUUCCUCACUCUGAUGAUGGAUGCCUACCUGGCCCACACCAAUGACGCAAAGUUUCUCAGGGAGAAUAUCCAUCUGCUGGAGGCAGAGUACGAGUUCUGGCAGAGGAAUCGCUCUGUGAGCAUCACAGUUGGGGACAGGAAUCACACUCUGAACUACUACAACGUUCAGAUCGGGGAGCCCAGACCAGAGUCCUACAGCAAAGACUGGGAGUUGGCAAGUGACUUAAAUGAAGAUGCCAGGCAGGAGCUCUGGGCAGAGCUAAAAUCAGCAGCAGAGUCAGGCUGGGACUUUUCCUCUCGCUGGUUCCUCUCCUGGUCUCCCCUGCUCCCUGCGACACUGAAGGAUACCAAAGCCAGGGCUGUAGUGCCAGUGGAUCUGAAUGCCUUUCUGUGCAAGACAGAGCACCUGCUGGCUUCAUUCUACAGGAUACUGGGAAACACCACCAAGGCUGCCCAGUUCCAGGCCGCUCUGGAGCACAGGCUCGAGGCUGUCCAAGCUGUCUUCUGGAAUGAGGCUGCUGGAGUCUGGCUGGACUUCAACCUCCUGAAGAAGCAGCCAAACCCAGCCUUCUACCCCUCCAACCUGGCACCCCUGUGGACUGACUGCUUCUCAGACCAGGCUGCAGCUGAGAGGGCAGUGCGGUACUUAGAGGGGAGCACAGUGCUGUCCUACAAGAACGGGAUCCCUACCUCACUUGCCAGGACUGGGGAGCAGUGGGACCUGCCCAAUGCCUGGCCUCCACUGCAGCAUAUGGUGAUUGCAGGUUUGGCCAAGUCCAGCUCCUCAAGAGCCAAAGAAAUUGCCUUUGCCCUGGCGCAGAACUGGGUCAGAACCAACUUUGCCUUGUAUAAGAAGUACCAGGCCAUGUUCGAAAAGUACAAUGUGGAUGGAGAUGGGAAGCCAGGGACAGGAGGAGAGUACCAAGUCCAGGAGGGAUUUGGCUGGACCAAUGGUGUAGUCCUGCAACUCUUGGAUCUCUACGGCGACCGCCUGACUUCUGGCUCCCCCUCUACCUCCUUCAGGGCCUGGAUUGUUGUUGCUUGUAUCUUCCUCCUUAACCUGAAAUGACAGGGGAAGUGGUUUGGGCUCCCAGCAGCAGGGCCAGAGGAAACAAGCCCAUGUGUACUGAACAGUACCCUGGCCUUGUAGCCAGUUAGGGAAGUAUAUGUGUGUGUGUGUGUGUGUGUGAGGGCUCAUCUGGGGCAGCCACCUCUUUCUCUACCUGCUGGGACAGCAAAGCAGCCACAGGUGAACAAUAGCUGUGACUAAAGCCCUAUGCAUGCAGCCCUGCUGAGCCCCCUACCUGCGAUUCUCUCAUGCUUUUGGUGUUUCAUUAAUGUUUAUCAAACUGGUCUUUGCUGUCAUACCUGCCUUGGUGGUUACUGGGGCCUGAUUCUUGUGGAGGUCUGUGCUGAGGCCCCACAUCCCCUAGUCUCAGCUCAUUGCCCACCACAGAUCCUUUAU